GCUCACAAACAUCUGUAACUCCAGUUCCAGGGGGACUGGUGUCCUCUUCUGGCCUCUGUAGGACCUGCACACACGUGCUGCACUUAUAUUUAUGCAGGCAAACAUUCAACAUACAUAAAAUAAAAAUAAACGGAUAAGACAAAGCAGCCACAUCACUAUUUGCACCUCACAGAAACCAUCUAUAAAAAUACUUUAGCCUUUCUCUGAGACAUGAAAAAAACUGAAGCUAAAAAGAUUAAAACAGCUUCCAAAGCUGUUCCCUCAGUCAGGGGUCAAGGUUAAAGUCCACACACAACUCUGACGACACACUGACUCUGAGCACAGGGACUUUAUAGCUGAACCCGGCCCGGAUCCCACAGCCCAGGUCCUCAAAGCCCACUUUGUGUGACUGCCUUCACAGCGGACCAUGUAGCCAUGUAUGACAUAUUUGCACAGACGCAAACGCCGUCGGGUGACUGCUUGUACGAGUUUGACGGUGAUGAGCAAUUCUACGUGGAUCUUGACAGGGAGGAAACGGUCUGGGGCCUGCCAGAGUUCGGCACGGUCUACGGCUUUGACGCCCAGGGGGCUCUGCCCUACAUUGCCCGCCUGAAGAGCAACCUGAGAGCCUUGAUCCAGAGACACAACAUCACCCAGGUCCCCAGUGAGCCUCCCGAGGUGACCGUGUUCCCCAAGAGCCCAGUGGAGCCGGGUCAGCCCAACGUCCUCAUCUGCCACAUCGAUAGGUUCUUUCCCCCAGUGCUCAACGUCACAUGGCUUCGUAACGGGAAGCUGGUCACUGAAGGGACUUCGGAGACCGUCUUUCUGCCCAGCACAGAGCUCAGAUUUCACAAGUUCCACUACCUGACCUUCGUGCCCAUGGCCGAGGACGUGUAUGACUGCAGGGUGGAGCACUGGGGCCUGGACCAGCCGAGCCUCACUCACUGGGAAAUGCAGGAGCCGCCCCAGGCGGCCGAGACCAUGGAGACUGUGGUCUGUGCGCUGGGCCUGGUGGUGGGCCUGGUGGGCGUCGUCAUCGGCAGUGUGUUCAUCGUAAGAGCUCGGCACUCCGGCCACAGUUCCCUGAUCCAAGGACCCCUGUGAGCAGCCGUGGAGGUGGGAAGUUAGGGUGGAGUCGGAGGGAGUCUACGCCUCUGUGCGGAAAGGAGGGAACAUCCACACCGAUGAAGCAGACACAGAUCUCUCUCUGGUGUUCAGAGCAGAGCUAUGUGAGACAUCACUGACAACCCUGAGAACCCAAGGCUCGGGCCCUGCCCUGAGUGUUAUGCAUCCUCCAUAUGAGGGUGCUAAUGCCACUGCGGUUUGAUGCUUGAGAGAUGCUUACGGCAUCUUUGUGCACAAGAGCUUUAAGCACCUUCGCCAAGGCCACACAGGCGGUCUGCAGGUUCCUCCCUCCCUUCUUACACUGGGAUCAAAGCCCUGCACCUCCACACCUGGUUAGGAGCCCCUUCUUCAUGAUUUUUAUCUGUAGAGGUUAGCACAUAUCCUGGCAUUUAGUAAUUUAAUCCACCACUGAUUUGCCCAGAGCCUCACUUGUCAAAGGCUAGAAGCUGGCUACAGGCUGUACAAGGAUAAGGGUGUUCUGUGGCACCACCAUUAGGAGACAGCAUCAUAGCUGCCACCGUGGUAGAAAAGGACAUCACACAAACGUGAGCAAGGCUACAGUGAAGCCUCGUGGGAAGCAGGGCUGAGGAACUGGGACAGGGAGCCACAGGGAAAGAGAAAGGGAAGGCAGGUGGGAUCCCAGACCCCCUCCUGAACCUGAGGUUGACGGUGACUGUGUCUCGCUGCAGGUGAUCACUUUCUGAAAAGAACACGGCCUUGGGAAGGUGCCCUGACCUUGUCUCUGCCUCUGUCCUCAGUUGUGAUGUAGCCCCAGCUGUCCUGGAACUCUCUGGAACUCUCUAUGUCCCCAGCUGGCUUUGAACUCUCAGAGGGCUUUGCCUCUCUGAACGACUUGCUGACCUUAAAGUGCUAUGUAUGCCCUUGGUAUUGCUGUCAGCAAAGCAAAGGUAGCAAGCAGGAGUUGCUGUGUUUCUCAUCAGAUUGGACACCCUUCCCUGGGCUCCACAGCUCCGGCCUGGACACCCUUCCCCGGACUCCACAGCUCCAGUCUGGACACCCUUCCCUGGGCUCCACAGCUCCGGCCUGGACACCCUUUCCUGGGCUCCACAGCUCUGGGUUCCUGCAUGAUCACUUUGCUGUCUCCUUCCAGAGAAUUCCUAAGAACAACCUUUCCUGUUUCUGAGCUGGGAGACUCAGCCUUGCUGGAUGGAACAGGCCACUUAUGUCGAAUGCCUCCUAACAGUGUGACUUCAAGUGACACCAUGGGAGCAGUUACCAAGGGUUCUGACCUCACUUUCAGGGAGAGUCUGAGAGUUCGGAUUGGCCCUGGAGAGGGGACAACAGUGAACUGGGAUGAAUAUUCGUUUGGAUGUAGUUUGAGGGCUACAGUGUUUGCCGGCAUUGUUUGAGCCCCUGAGGGAAGAGAUUGGCCCUGCCUCUGGUUUGACUGUAAUAAAAUGCCUUUUGGUAAA